AUGGCAAAGCGAAACAGUACUCAGGCGGCGGGGUCGCCAGCCGCAACGGAAAAGAAAGUUGAUGAUGUUACAAUGACCAAUGAAAAUGCGGGUGAAGCCAAGGGAGAGGUUUCUCCAUCUGCAAAACCAUCUCAAGAUGAGAAUGAAAGCGCUGCGCCAAUCGACGGUGAACAAGCUACCGGUUGCAAUAAACGCAAACGCGAUUUCAAAGCCGAGCGCGAGGCCAAGAGACAGAGGAAGGAAGAGAAAAAUGCACCUAAGAAGGCUGCGGCUGUAGUGCGAGAGGCUGAGGAGGCGAUUGCGAGGGAAAAGAAGUUGGCGGAAAAGGCAGAGGCGAAGAAGAUUAGAGAGGAAGAAGUGGCUAGGUUGAGGGAGCAGAAGAAAGAGGAGAAGGCGAAGAAGCAUGAGGAGAAUUUGAGACAGCAGGAUGAGGAUAGACGGAAGAGGCUAGAGGAGAAGAAGAAGGAGGCGGAGGCGAAGAAGAAGGAUGCUGAGGAGAAGAGGAAGGAUAGAGAGAGGAUUCAGGCGUUGGAGAAACAGGUUAGGGAUUUGAAGAGGGGACAUGGGAACGGGAAUGGAAAGGGGAAGGGAGCAAAGAGGAGUUGGGAUAAGAAAACAAAGGGACCGAAAACUUCGGAAUUCUUUGGAGCGGGGUUGAAGGCGCAGGUUAUUGGUGAUGAUGAGGAGGAGGUCGAGGAGGAGGCAAAUAAGGAGGUUGCUGAAGAGGCUAAAGAAGAAAUUAAGAAGAUCAAAUCGAAGCGCAGUUGGAAGGAUCUCAAGAAGGGAAAUGUCGCACCUACUGGUCUGGAAGAAAAGAUUGCUGCUGCGAGAGCUUCAGUAGCCCAGGCUGAGGAUGCGUUAGAUGGCGAUGUUACUAUGGAGGAUGCUCCCCAAGUCAACGGUGAGCAGGAGAAUGAGGCCGAAGAGGGAACCUCUGAACCAGCUGUCGGUAACUCCGAUGCUGUCGCAUAUCCUUCUCUUGACCAUUUGAUCGAAGAUAACGCCGAAGAUAGUCCCGAGUCUGCCGCCGAAUCAGAUGCUCCAGCGCAAACAGAAGUGGAUGCGGUGAUUCCAGAAGAAAAUUCAGAUGAUAAGGCAGAUGAGGAGCAAGGAGACGAGGAUAUCCCCGAAGAAGAUAGCAAGGAAACCUCGCCAUCCGAUCAAGAAGACAAAGCCGAAGAUGAUUCUUCUAAGGAGAAUGCCGCACCUGCAGCUGAUUCAGAUAUGGAAAUUGAUGAGCCAAAGGAGGAUGUCGAGGCCAACGCAAGUGCAAAGAAGCGUUCGAGGAAGAGAGUCAGAAACAAUAAUCGCUUGGAGGCUGAAGAUACACCAACGAAACCUACAACACCUGCUUCAUCUAAGAACCAAAAAGUCAAGACACCCACAGCUACACCUCUUUCGUCAAAGAACCAAAAUGUCAAAACACCUACAAAAUCACCUUCACAAACAAAGGCGACAGUUGCAAAGAAGGGCAGACCUCCAGUGAAGGCGGCGAACAAGGCUCAGACUGCACCCAAAUCUCCUAAUGUAUCAGGAGAUUCCAAAUCGCCAAAAGCCAAGCGCGGAAGAGUACCAAAAGCUAGAGCUGCCGUUCUUGCCUCAGCACCAGGACUUGAUUCUCCAGCUAGGAAUACUAGGAGAUCGGCAAAAGCCAACCACUCCCGCGAAAUUGAUGAAGGCACCGUUGAUGAGUUGGGAGGAACAGAUAUGAACACGGGAACCAAUAAUGAUAAUGGUGAUGAUGAUGUUUACGAAUCAAUCACCUGCGAGUCCCCGGAACAUUUCAAACACGAAUCUCAAACACCGUCGAAAACGCUACAACUAUUUAACGAUAUGGAACUACCUAUAUUGAGGAAGACGGAAUCACUCGAUCUUAAUGCUUAUGAGAGUGACUCCUCUGAGCUAUCUGAUCUAAGCAUAACCGAGCAUCCCUUUCUAGCAUCAGAUAGUAGCGGUUUUGAUACAAUUGAAGUUGAUGUUCCUAGUCUUCUGAGAUCAGGAAAGAAACAAAGACCGCCUAUGCAUUCACCUUACUUUGCUCUACCACCAUCUGCCACUCCAUCUCAACCCAGGAAAUCCAUAGCUUUAGCAGGAGAAUCUACAAACAAAGAUCCUUCUCCAAAAAAUGGAUCUCCUAAAAAACGGCCUCCUGGCAUAAUAUCAUGUAUCCCUUUUCCACCUUUAUCUGCACCUCAUUUUGGACUUAUCCAAGAAAAACUUGCCCAUGAUCCGUUUCGACUUCUCAUAGCCGUUACAUUUCUCAAUCGUACUCAUGGUAAACAAGCCAUCCCAGUUUUCUACACUCUAAUGGACCAAUACCCUACCCCACAAUCAAUAGUCGAUGCUCCCAAAGAAGACAUUGUUUCGGUGAUCCGACAUCUAGGUCUACAAAACCAACGCGCAGCUACUUAUCAAGCUUACGCCAAAAUCUUUUGCGAAAAUCCACCAGUGAAAAAUAAACGGUACGCGGUCCAUGAUUACCCCACUAAAGGACUCGGUCGCGACGUCAAGAAGAGCGAGGUCCUUCCCGAAGAAUCCGUAGACCCGCGUACGGGCUGGGAAAUUGGACACAUGACCCAGGGACCCUAUGCGAUUGAUAGCUGGCGAAUUUUCUGUAGGGAUAUGUUGUUGGGGAAAGCGAAAGGAUGGAAUGGCGAGGAGAGUGAGGAAGAAGGUUUUCAGCCUGAGUGGAUGAGAGUGCUUCCUGAGGAUAAGGAGUUGAGAGCGUUUUUGAGGUGGAUGUGGUUGAAAGAGGGCUUUGAGUGGGAUCCAAUAACAGGGGAGAAGGAGGUUGCGGGGAAGGAGGUCAUGAGAGCGGCGUUGGAGGGGAGGAUUGCUUGGGAUGAGGGGGGUGGGAUGAGGAUUUUGGAUAGCGUGGGGGAGGUGGACGUGGAAGGGGUAGAUUUUGACAAUGUUGGUAAGGUGGAUGGAUGA